GUGAUGGCGGGUGGACCGUCUGUCCGCUGCUGCUGCUGUGGGGCUCAGCUGCCGCUGCUCGUGGGCCGGGGUCUCGGCCUGCUGCUGCUGCUGCUGCUGCUGCCGCCGGUGCCGUCCACGCAAGCCCGAAGCCUCCGCUUUGUGACUUUGCUCUAUCGCCAUGGAGAUCGCUCCCCAGUGAAGGCAUACCCUAAGGAUCCCCAUCAGGAAGGGGAAUGGCCUCAAGGCUUUGGCCAGCUCACCAAGGAGGGCAUGCUCCAGCACUGGGAGCUGGGCCAAGCUUUACGGCUGCGCUAUCAAGGCUUCCUCAAUGCCUCCUACCACCGGGAAGAGGUUUUUGUUCGAAGCACAGACUUUGACCGCACCCUCAUGAGUGCUGAGGCCAACCUGGCCGGCCUCUUCCCGGUGGAGGGGGCGCAGUCUUUCAACCCAAACAUCACAUGGCAGCCCAUCCCUGUCCACACAGUUCCCGAGGCCCAGGACAAGCUAUUGAAGUUCCCAAUGGGACCCUGUCCCCGGUUUGAGCAGCUACAGAACGAGACUCGCCAGAGCCCAGAAUACCAAAAUGAGACCCUGAGGAAUGCCCAAUUUCUGGAGAUGGUGGCUAAUGAGACAGGUGUCACAGACCUGACCCUGGAGACAGCCUGGAAUGUCUAUGACACCCUCUUCUGUGAGCAAACCCAUGGCCUGCCCUUGCCAUCCUGGGCCUCACCCCAGACCAUGCAGCGUCUUCGGCAACUCAAGGAUCUCAGCUUCCGGUUCCUCUUUGGGAUGUACCGGCCGACGGAGAAAGCCCGACUUCAAGGGGGGGUCCUCCUAGCUCAGAUCCGGAAGAACCUGACGUGGGCAGCCUCAGCCUCCCAGCACUCAAAGCUACUAGUCUACUCUGCGCAUGAUACCACACUGGUGGCACUGCAGAUGGCUCUGGGCAUCUACAAUGGUGAACAAGCUCCCUAUGCUUCCUGCCACAUGUUUGAACUUUACCAGGAAGAUGAUGGGAAUUUUUCUGUGGAGAUGUAUUUCCGGAAUGAUAGUACCCAGGCACCAUGGCCCUUGGCACUGCCUGGCUGCUCCCAGCGCUGCCCCCUACCUGACUUCUUACAUCUCACUCUGCCUGUGGUGCCGGAGAAUUGGGAACAGGAAUGCCAGGUCCUGAGCAGUCUUGCAGACACAGAGGUGAUCGUGGCCUUGGCCGUGUGUGGCUCCAUCCUCUUCCUGCUCAUCUUGCUGCUGCUCACAGUCCUCUUCCGAAUGCAGGCCCAGCCUCCAGGUUACCGCCAUGUUGCCGAUGGGGAAGACCAUGCCUGACAACAACUUGGCCCCCUGCCUCCCCCCAUCCUAUAGAAUGAGGCUGCAUCCAGGCGAGGGAAGCCACUAGGGCCCAAUUUGGUGCCGAGACACAAGCCUACAAGCACUGCUCUGACCCCAGGACACUCCUCACCCAGCAUGAGGUGCUCUAGACAGGGCUUGUCUUCUCCCCAUCAGCCCCAGGGAGCAAGCCAAAGUGGCAAAGUUUCCUGCUGGGUAAGUACCUAGCAUUCAUGUGGAGGGAGUCCUCUGGCCAGUCCAGAAUAGUUCUGGGCACUUUCUACAACCACCUAGACAAUGGCUGGUGGCUCGCAGGACGCUCUUGUCUCCCUGCUGCCCCCAUGCCUACCUUAACCAGACCCAUCUUCCUGUCCUCAAGGCAGGGGUCACAGCCCCAGUUCUCGAGGUUGAAAGCCUCAGGGUUAGCUGCUGCUGUUUCCACUCCUCUGAAUCCUGAGCUGGCUUGAAGAAUACAUAUAGAAGGAUGAGGGGUGGGGGGUAGAGGUACACACUGGGCCCAGAAGAUACCUGAGCUCUAGGCAAACGCAGGUCGUGAGCUGGACAGCUCUGGGCUGUAGCCCAGAAGGGAUGAAGGUGAACCCUAAAGGGAAUGAAAGUGUUGAACUCUC